AUGGCAAAAUGGCUAAAUAUUUUUUUAGAAUUUAAUAUUGGCACUAAUUUUCUUUUUGUAUUUUUUGAGAUUUAAGUCCAAACUACAAUGGGAGAUUUUGUUUAAACAACAGCAAACAUUUUUGUAGCAGGAGGUGGUUAAUUUUGUUAAAUACUGUUCCCAUCUUAAUACAAUUCUAAAAAGGGUCUUCUAAUUAUUAAAAAUGGAUGGAACUUAAAUAUUUUGAGGCAUAUUCAUGAUAAAAUAAAUGAUAAAGAUAUUUUUUAGUUACAAGAAUCUAUAGAGUUUGCAGAUUAGUAUAUUUAUGGUAUAAUGAGUGAUGACGGAGAAUAUUUAAUCAUAUGGAAUAGCCAAUCAUAACAGAUUUCUAUUAAAAAAUUCAAAUGA